AUGGGAAGAGCGGUGGAAGAAGCGGGGCAUCUUGUUGGGUGGGAUAUGAGAAACAGGGAAGAAGCUGAAGUCAUCAAUGAAAUUGUUGAACAAAUUUUACUCAAGUUACGCCCUAUUUAUUUGAGCAAUGAUGAAAAUCUAAUAGGCAUGGAACCCCGGAUGCUAGACCUGGAGUCAUCUUUAGGGCUUGGUUGGAACAAUGAUGUUCGCAUGAUAGGGAUCGCGGGGAUGGGGGGCAUUGGGAAGACAACUUUGCCCGAGCUAUUUUUGAUAAAAUAUCUUUUCAUUUUGAAGAAAUCUCUCAUAACUAUUUCAAAUCAGCGUUUGAGCAUGCAUGACAGGAUAGAAGAAUUGGGCAGGAAUAUCGUUCGGCGAUCGCACCCCCGUGAGCCCAACAAACACAGCCGGCUGUGGAUUCGCGAGGAAAUUGAAGAUAUGCUGUCCCAUAAUGCGGGUACUGAUGCGACAACAUGUAUACGACUGGAGCAGGUGGAACUGAGUCCUGAAAUCGUUAUGAAAGGGCUUGGAAAUCUGCAGAAACUUAGAGUUCUUUUGCUCUCUGAGAUAGAUGAUGACUAUUUUGGUACCCAUCGGAAGUUUGAUCAAGUUAAACAAUACUUUCCAAAUGCGUUACAGUUUCUGAGUUGGGAGGGUUACCCUGUUUUGUCUUUACCACAAACAUUUAAAGCAAAUAACCUUGUUGGACUUGAACUGCCUAGCAGCAGAAUCACAAAACUUUGGGAAAGCGGGGAAAGAAAGGUUCUUAAGAAGCUCAGGUUCCUGGACCUUAGUUUCUCAAAGUUGAGGACCCUCAACCUUGGGAUGACUCCGAAUCUUGAGAGGUUAAACCUUAAUCGAUGUUAUGAUUUGAGAGAACUUCAAGCGCCUGCUGGAUCUCUAGAAAAGCUUGUAUACUUGAACUUAAUUGGUUGCUCAAGGUUCAGAUCUUUUUCGUUUAUCAAACAAUUGGAACCGCUUCAGCUUCUUUCUUUACCUAAGUUAGAGGUGAUUGUGGAGUCCUUGGGAGAAUUCCAAGGUACUCCCGUGAUAAUCUGCCAAAGCUACAGUUUACCUGUUUUUUAUCUUGAAAAACAUCCCCCAUCGACCGAAAAUGGUCAAAAGAGUGUUUCUCUAAAUCUUCAGCCUUGCACAAAACUUGAGAGUGUUUCAGGAAGCAUUUUUGGUUUACAACGCCUAAGGCACCUUACGUUGGAUGGCUCUAUUCCAGAGGUGCCCAACGACGUUGACCAGUUACAAUGUCUGGAGAAGCUAAGCUUGUUGUCUACACGUAUUAAACGGCUUCCGGAUAGCAUAUGUAUGUUGAAACAUCUGAAACAUCUCAACCUUAAGUCUUGUCGGCUUCUUGAAGAGUUACCCAAGGAUCUUGGCCAAGUAGAAUGUUUGGAGAAGCUAAGUUUGCUGUCUACGGGUAUUAGACGUCUUCCAGAUAGCAUCUGUAUGUUGAGACGUUUGAGAUCUCUCAAAGUUAGAUCUUGUUUGCUUCUUGAGGAGGUACCCGACGAUAUUGGCCAAAUAGCAUGUUUAGAGAAGCUAAAUUUGUUGUCUGCACGUAUUAGAUGUCUUCCGGAUAGCAUUUGCAUGUUGAAGCAUUUGAAAUCUCUAGAACUUGAAUCUUGUAUGCUUCUUGAGAAGUUACCUGAGGAUCUUGGCAAGUUGGAAUGUUUAGAGAAGCUGAUCCUAACAAAGUGUAUCUCUCUAGAGGAUAUUCCAAACAGCAUCUGUAAGAUGAAACGUUUGAGAUGUUUAGAUCUCCCCUUUUGCAAUCAGGUGGAGAAAUUGCCAGAGGAACUUGGAAGUUUAGAGUGUUUAGAAGAGUUAAAUAUAAAGUGUACAGGAAUAAGUCGUCUUCCACACAGCAUUUCUUCCUUGAAAGGCCUGCGCACCGAGAGCAGGAGCCGAUUCGCAGAGAACUGUUGUAAGAAGAGUUCCGAUGAUCUGGAAGCAGUCAACACACGCAAGGCUUUGCAUCUGAGUUCAAUCAGUUCGGCUUGUCUCGGAAACCUUCUGUCCCAUAUGCUGGAUGCAUGCUCAUCUUAG